AUGGCACCCCUGCAAGCGUCCAUCCGCAACGACAAGGAUCUCAUCAUUGAAGACCGCAGGAUCCCCGGACCGGAAUGCGAGAUUCCUUUGGUAAUCAUGCAACCCAAGAAUCCGAAAACGCCAUACGGGAAGCGACCAGGUGUUUUUUUCAUCCAUGGCGGCGGCAUGGUCGUCGGCGACGCUUUUCUCGGACUGCCAUUUUUCGUGGACGUCACCAAGGAACUGGACGCCGUUGUUGUCAGCGUGGAGUACCGUCUCGCACCAGAACACCCGGCUCCAGCUCCGCAAGAUGACUGCUUUGCCGCGCUGCAAUGGACCAGCGAGAAUGCGGCAGAAAUCGGCAUCGAUCCCGCACGCCUCAUGAUUGCAGGCGCAUCGGCAGGCGGCGGGCUAGCGGCCGGCGCGGCUCUGAGGGCUAGAGACGCCGGGGGCCCGCGGCUCUGCGCCCAGUUACUGGUGUACCCCAUGCUCGAUGACCGCAACCUGAUGGUCUGUAAGAGGCAGUUUUCAAAGGACCAUGGAGUGUAUGACAGCACCGACAACGACUUUGCAUGGUCGUGCGUGCUUGGCGACAAGCGAGGGGCGACCGAGGGGGUAAGCCCGUACGUAGCGCCGGGAAGGGCAACAGACCUCUCUGGGCUGCCGCCGGCAUAUAUUGAUGUCGGUUCGGCGGAGCCAUUCAGAGACGAAGACGUGGCGUAUGCGACGCGGCUAUGGGAAUGUGGUGUGCAGGCUGAUCUGCAUGUGUGGAGCGGCGGCUUUCAUGGCUUCGAAAUCCUAGGGCUGCCUGUUGGGGCUGGGGUCUCCAAGGCAGCUAUUGAGACGAGAAUGGGAUGGGUGAGGAGAACAUUUGCCUACGAUGGGAGAGCUUAA